CGGCAGAGCGGUGCCGCCGUGAGAUGACGACUUGGGGCGGCGGGUUCAUGUGGAGAGGUUGAUAAGAGCCGCCACUGGGCACCUGGCCGAUGAACAACAACUGCCUCUUCGGUUCACUUCUGCCCUUUCAAACCGCCGCCGUCGCCUUGUCUCUUUCUUUGCGCCGACAGCCCGCCCUGUCGUCCGUCGCUAUUCCAGACCGGGUUCGAUAACGAGUGCCGUGCUCAAGUCUCGUAUACGACGAUGCCGUCAGUGCCCCUCAAAGAGCUUGUCAAGCACGACGACUUCGACCCGGAGCUGGUGGAGCGCAUCGCGGAGCGCAAGUUCCAGCCGCCGGUGGCCAUGGUGGAGGCAGACCCGAGCUGGGCGCGACACUUUGCCGAGGCCAAGGCGCGCAUCGAGGACGCGCUCGGCGCCACGGCCGUGUCGGUCGCGCACGUGGGGUCGACGAGCGUGCCCGGGAUGCCGGCCAAGGCCAUCAUCGACGUGGACCUGACGGUGCGCGACGUCCGCGACGAGGCGGCGUACGUGGGGCCGCUCGAGAGGAGCGCGGGCUUCGUCUUCCUGCUGCGCGAGCCGCACUGGCACGAGCACCGCUUCUUCUGCCAGGGCGGCGCGCGCGGAGAGCAGUUCCCCAUCAACCUACACGUCUGGGGGCCGGGCUGCCCCGAGGCGGAGCGGCACCGCAUCUUCCGCGACUGGCUGACAAGGUCACCCGACGACUUUGCGCUGUACGCGCGGACGAAGCGCGAGGCGGCCGAGGUGGCGGCGCGCAACGGCGAGUCGGUCAUGCAGUACAACCUGCGCAAGGAGCGGACGAUUCGGGAUAUUCUGGACCGGGCGUUUCGCGACCUGGGGUACGUCGAGUGAUGAGUGAGGAUCUGGUGAUGGUGGCACGUAGUGGCGGCGGUUCGUGGGUCGGCGGUUUGAGACGCCCCCAAUGAUCACGGGAAAAGUCUUGUUGGGCUGUUCAAGACCCAGGGAGUUUGACACGGCUGGCUGCUAAAA